AUGUCCAGCUCCUCUCCCUUUGCAGCCUCCACGUCCAAGCCUGGCUACGGAUCUAUUCUCCUCAGCCUCCUUCCUCCAAAUACACCAGUCCUAUCUAAUGUCUCCUACCAAUACCCGCUCAAGCUCGUUGCGCCUGACCCUCUACCUCUCCCCGAACACGACCAAUCUGUUCCAAACCUACCGAGUCUCAUACAUACAGUAUUUCUGCUCACAUAUGGAGGUGGUAUAGUUGCAGGAGAUAGCAUUAAUCUAGAUGUGCGCCUUCGCAACAAGACUCGGCUUAUCCUAUUAACGCAGGGUUCCACCAAGAUCUUUAAGACGGCAGAUCGGAAUGUCGUGUCUAGGCAGCAUAUGGCCGUAAAUAUUGCGCCAGAUUCAGCGCUCGUGUACUUACCAGAUCCUGUGCAGCCAUUUGCUCAAGCAGCAUUUUCGCAGUCCCAGAUCUACAGCUUGGAACAGGAAGCCGGCAAUCUCUGUGUUUGUGAUUGGGUUACAAGUGGACGAAGUGCGAGAGGUGAGAAUUGGGAUAUCCACGAAUAUAGGAGUAGGAAUGAGGUGUGGACGGUGGAUACGAGCACAGAAAACCAGGGUAAGAGGAGGCUGUUGCUGCGAGAUAAUCUGAUAUUAGACAAGAACGGUCAGACUGGAAUGCUGCUCUCAGAACGGAUGGACGCCUACUCGGUGUUCGGGACCCUCAUAAUCCGUGGACCUAUCUUCAAGUCCCUCUCACAACACUUCCUGGACGAGUUCGAGGCAUUGCCGCGGAUUGGUGGCAGGAAUUGGGGGGAUUCUCAACAACCUGAGCUCACCCGAAAAGAGCAAUGGCGGCUGCAACGGCAGCAACAGGAGAAGGCCAAUGGCCUUAUAUGGAGUGCAGCGAAUGUUCGUGGAUUCGUUCUCGUCAAAUUUGCUAGCAGGGAGGUUGAAGGGGCUCGGACUUUUCUUAACAACAUGAUCAAAGAGGAAGGCUCGGUUCUAAAAUCUUUCGGAGAAAGGGCCGUGCUAUGCUUGAAAUAA